AUGUGUCAAAAGGCGCGUAGCGGGGUCUAGAUGUUGUCGCGCCGCCGCGGACUAUGGCGGGGCAACCUCCGAGCUGCGAAGGCGGGAUGGAGGGACCUUACAAAGGCAAAAAAAUAUUGCGAUGCCGCGGGUACAUGUACAGGUAAUACAUCGCGUUUGACUUUGACUCACGAUCUUACCUCGUUUUCUCUCACUUAGACUUUAAUUCUUCAUCGUCUGUGAUAACACUCUACUCUACGACACUACUAAUUGACUUGACCUUACCUCCCAUUAUUUCCGAAUCACUUCAUUCACAACACAAGACACGUCACAAUGGCAACUGAACUCCCCACCACAAACGGCCACAGCGCACAGGAUGGCGAGAACAACUUUGCCGUCAAGGCCGGUCUGGCACGCAUGUUGAAGGGCGGAGUCAUCAUGGACGUUGUCAACGCUGAGCAAGCGCGGAUAGCAGAAGAAGCCGGUGCUUCAGCCGUCAUGGCCCUCGAGCGCGUGCCCGCAGACAUUCGAUCCCAGGGUGGUGUCGCACGUAUGAGCGACCCCAAGAUGAUCAAGGAGAUCAUGGACACAGUCACAAUCCCCGUCAUGGCCAAGGCGCGAAUUGGACACUUUGUCGAAUGCCAGAUCCUCGAAGCCCUAGGCGUCGACUACAUUGACGAAUCCGAAGUCCUUACCCCCGCCGACGCUAUUCACCACGUCUCCAAGCACCCCUUCCGCAUUCCCUUCGUCUGCGGCUGCCGGGGCCUCGGCGAAGCCCUUCGCCGCAUCUCGGAAGGUGCAGCCAUGAUCCGCACAAAGGGCGAAGCCGGAACCGGCGACGUCAUUGAGGCCGUCCGCCACAUGCGUACCGUAAACAGCGAGAUUGCCCGCGCAAAGAGCAUGUCAGAGGAGGAGCUCCGUGUCUACGCAAAGGAGCUUCAGGUCGACUAUGCGCUGCUCAAGGAGACGGCUAAGCUUGGUCGUCUGCCUGUUGUCAACUUUGCGGCGGGUGGUGUCGCAACACCCGCUGAUGCUGCGUUGAUGAUGCAGUUGGGUUGCGAUGGUGUCUUUGUUGGUAGCGGUAUCUUCAAGUCUGGAGACGCAGCCAAGAGGGCUAAGGCCAUUGUACAGGCUGUUACUCACUACAAAGACCCCAAGGUGCUCAUGGAAGUCAGCAUGGAUUUGGGUGAGGCCAUGGUUGGUAUCAACUGCGGUACAAUGGGCGAGGAGGAGAAGCUUGCUAAGAGGGGAUGGUAGAGCAGGAAGAUCAUUUCAAAGGCGUCCUUUGGAGGCAGCCAUGAUUAUUAUUUGGCGUUCGGGAAAUUCAGCUCAAGCGUGGGCUACGAAAAUGUAUAGAAGAAUAAGCUCAACUCGCAAUGACGAUCAGUUCAACAUGCCAUUCUACCCAGCUUUCGUCUUGUCAUUAUCAAUCGCUGUAACCGAAACAGAGUUGAGCAAUUACUGUGGUGCGACACGAGAAUUCGCGAUGUCGUAAAUCACGUCAUUUGUGGAGCCGAGGUUCCGCGCGCAGUCACAAUAG